AUGCCGACGGCGGUGGCGCCGAGAGCAGCGCCGUCGUCUCUCUUGCCUCUUGCACUCGCCGCCGCGGCCGUCGUAGCACUUGCCGUGUCCUGUUCCGCGACCACGGAUGCUCCAGAUGCAGGCCCGGGAGCGGGAGAGAUGGUGGUGCGGGACGACCCCAAGUGCGAGGAGAUGGUGCCCUGCACCUUCAGGCGCUGCAUCCAGUAUUGCGUCAGCAUCGGGCUGCAGCCCAAGGGGUUCUGCAACUGGAAGCCCAACAUGUAG